GCGAUGCUGGUCGGCUGCCAGCAGACCCCGGUGCAGGCGGGCAGCGCCGCCUUGGCCGCCCUGGGGGCACUGGUCCUGUACCUGGCGAAGCCCUCCGGCUACGGGAGGCACUCGGUGCGCGGGAUCCCCGCCGCGGCUCGCCUGCCCGCGCGCGCAGCCUGGUUCCUGCAGGAGCUGCCGUCCUUCGCGGUGCCCGCGGGGCUCCUCGUCCGGCAGCCGCGCGCUCUCCUCGGCCAGCCGUCCACCGUGCUCCUGGGCCUCUUCUGCACACAUUACUUCCCCAGGACAUUUGUUUACUCAUUGAUCACUAGAGGGAGACCUUUUCCAGUUGCAUUCUUCAUCAGAGCCUUUGUUUUCUGCAUGGGAAAUGGAAUUCUCCAAAGCUACUAUCUGAUUUACUGUGCUGAAUACCCUGCUGACUGGUACACAGACUUAAGGUUUGGCCUGGGUGUCUUCCUAUUUAUUUUGGGAAUGGGAAUCAACAUUCAUAGUGACUAUAUACUGCGCCAGCUCAGGAAGCCUGGGGAUGUCGUCUAUAGGAUUCCACAAGGUGGCUUGUUUACAUACGUUUCUGGAGCCAAUUUCCUUGGUGAGAUCAUUGAAUGGAUUGGCUUUGCCCUGGCCACGUGGUCCCUCCCAGCGCUUGCAUUUGCCUUUUUCUCACUUUGUUUCCUUGGGCUGCGAGCAUUUCACCAUCAUAGGUUCUACCUCAAGAUGUUUGAGGACUACCCCAAAUCUCGGAAAGCCCUCAUUCCAUUCAUCUUUUAAAAAAAAACCAAUAAAAAAGGAACAGAGCUCUCACAUGAGUGUUGAGCACCAUCAGGCUGCUGAACCUGUAACUUUUAAAGUUGCACAGGCUUCUUGUGUUCUGACAGCUGUCUUCAUGGGUACUUAGUGUGUACUCCACCCUCCCAGAGGGCCUCUCUACUGAUCUCCUCUUGAAGCUUCAACCAGUCUCUUUUCCACACAGAGGCCUCUAUCUGCUUCUUAGCUAUUCCUCUUAGAAAGUGAAGAACUUCCCUAUAUUUUCUUCCUUGGGUGAUCUGAGUAUGUGUGACCGGAUACCUACACUCUAUUAAUGUAAGACAUCUCUGUAGCCAGAAAAGGUUCCCAUUGAGGGUAUUGCUUCUAGACUUUAUUAAAGGUACAUAUUUUACACCCUUACAAAUGAGCAGAUAUUGAAGAUCUGAAGCCGCAUGGAUCCCAAGCAAAUGGAAACUCAGUCACACUUUCCUUCUCCUUAGUUAAUUAUGGAAGAUGUGAGAUGAUUAAGUGGACUUCUAAUAGAGGAAGCUCUCUUCAUCUUGCUAAAGAUGCAAUGAUUCACUGACCCCAUUUCAAAUGUGUGCAUUAGCUCAGCACCUCUGUCUUCCGGAAGAUUCCACGAUCCAUGUUAGAGAUAUCCCCCAAACUGGUGUGGUCAGCUUUUCAUGACCAUGAAAAGAAAGACAUGACUCUGGUUGGCUACUGAAGAGAAUAAAAAAAAAGUGUUUUACAGCAGGCGCUGUCAAAUCUGGUAUUGUCUGAAACCUGUGGAAAUAUCCAAAUAAUGAGAAAGUGUUGAAGAAGGGAAUUGACUGGGGAAGAUCAUACAUGGCUUGCCUGAAGACAGCAUUUGCAGCAAAAUGUCACAUAUCAGAAGUAUAUCAGCUGUACUCAGCAAUUCUUUUCUUCUAGGGUUUCUUCACUGCAGUCCUUGGGAUCUGAUCAGAAGGCAUUUCCUGGGGGCAGCCUGGAGGCAGUCCUCAAAGUCCCUCAGGGCAGAGGCUGACCCGUGCAACCAGAGUGAUGCAGUUGGGCAGAAAGCUUGUUUUGUUAGGCUCAGACAGGGCUUCACACAUAGUUUGACUUUCUUGUUUUCAACAUUUGAGGUUUCCAAUAUUUCAAAGUUAGGUCUCUACAUUCCAGUUUCAUUUAAAAAGUUGGAGGGUCUGAGCCCAUGGACCCCACUAAGAAUUGGGACUAAUCAGCUAGUAUGUGUUAGAAUUUGCAACCUCGGUUGGAGGGGUCACCCUAGCAUGGGUGCUUAAGACAUUAGGGUCUCCAGGGAGGGGCUGAACACUCAUAAUUAGGAUGUAUAAAAAUAUUUGUCCCCUCAGGUCCAGGUUUGUGGCAAGUGUUGGUAGUAUUUAGCAAGCCCUUUUGAGAAAUGAGCACCAGUUUUAUCAAGCGAGGUGCUAAGUACAGAAAUUCACUAUAUAAGAACAUAAGAUGCUCAAAAGAUCUAAGGGUGAAGUAUAUUACUGAAAGAUAUAAAUUGUAAUCAUAUAAAUAAGUGUUUUUCUGUUAAAUGCUUCUCAAAUAAUGGAUGUUAAGUGAUUUUGUUUGAAAGAUCCCUGGGCUUAUAAAUAUUUUUAUAAGAUGUUGA